ACUCUUCUAUUCCCACAGGGCCGAGAGACUCACCUGCGCAUGCGCGCUAGUUGUGACUCCGGAAGUGGAACUCCUGAGUCUCCUGCAUGUGUGCGGUAUGAAAACAGCGAGUUGAUGAUGAUUAAACACGUUUUCCUCACAGGUUCUCCAGGAGUGGGGAAAACCACACUAGUCCAGAAGGUCUGGGAUUCGCUGAGCUCUAGAGGCGUGAGCAUCCACGGCUUCUGCACAGAGGAGGUCAGGGAAAGCGGGAGAAGGGUGGGAUUCGAUGUGGUCACAGUACACGGCCAGAGAGGAAUCCUGGCCAGAGUCGGAUCCGCAGCCCCAUCCGGCAGACGUGAAUACACCGUGGGGCAGUACGUCGUCGAUCUGCCUUCGUUCGAGAGUCUCGCGCUGCCGCUUUUCAGAAACGCGAGCGACGGGAACAGGAAGCUGUUUGUUAUCGAUGAGAUCGGGAAGAUGGAGCUCUUCAGCCAGGCGUUUAUCCGAGCGGUGAGACAGACUCUGGACAGCACAGACUGCACCAUCCUGGGGACGAUCCCUGUUCCGAAAGGGAGACCGCUGGGAUUAGUGGAGGAGAUCCGAGCAAGGAGGGACGUCAAGGUCUUUAUGGUUACAAAAGAGAACAGAGACGACAUUUUGGAUGAAAUCGUCGCCGCACUAAAGGAAUGUCUAAAAUAAAUCUCCCCAAAGAGACAAGAGGAACCGUGGCAUCAAACCUGAGACAAACCUGCAUCAUCAGAGCUGAGAUGAUUUUUUUUCCUCUCUUUUUUUUGUUUUGGAGAAUCCUCAGUGGAAACGAGCAGCUCUUCUCCUGUUGUUUUGGAUGUGUUCCAAAGGUUUUCGGCGUAUAGAAUCGCUUUAUGUUCUGCAAACUUUAUCAUAUGAUGAAAAACUGACCUGAAUGUUCGGUUUUCUUCUAUAGAAAGUAGGGUUUUGUUUGUAUUUAUGCGUGCAAUCUGUUUAAAAUAAAAAAUAAAAAACAUGA